AAGGGAGGCAAGGAAGAAUCUGGCAUAUUUCGUCCUGCCUUGAAAGUGAAGCACGAACAUUCAUCUUCUUUACAACCCUGCAUAAUCUUUUGAACUAGCAGCCUUGGCAAGAAAAGAACCCGAGUUUCCACCCAAUUAUCCUAUGCAUAUAUUUAUAUAUACAUAAAGGACUCUCCCUUGCACCAUCCUCGAUCAGAAGGAACUUUCUGAAACCUCCUUCCUCCUCCUUGAUCAGAGAACUUUCUGCUUUUGAAAAUCCACACAGUACAGAGAUGGCCAACGAAGAAAUGAAACCCAUUGCCACAUUGCUUCUGCUCCUCAACUUCUGCAUGUACGUGGUCGUUUUGGGAAUUGGUGGAUGGGCCAUGAACAGAGCAAUAGAUCAUGGCUUCAUCAUAGGUCAAGGAUUUGAACUUCCAGCUCAUUUUUCGCCCAUAUAUUUCCCCAUGGGGAAUGCAGCCACUGGAUUCUUUGUGAUGUUUUCUUUGAUUGCUGGAGUUGUUGGAGCUGCUUCUGCAAUUGUUGGAUUCAAUCAUGUCCGUUCAUGGACUCCUGAGAGCUUGCCAUCUGCAGCUUCUGUUGCUGCCGUUGCUUGGACUCUCACCCUUCUUGCCAUGGGCUUCGCCUGCAAAGAGAUUGAGCUUUAUAUCAGAAAUGUCCGCCUGAGAACAAUGGAGGCGUUCUUGAUUAUACUGUCAGCUACGCAGCUUUUCUACAUAGCAGCUAUUCAUGGCGCCAGGAGAUGAAGCGAGAGAGAGAUGUUGAGGAAGAUGACUCUGAUCAGAUGGGGCUUGUGUGAUUUGUUGUGUUUCGUUAUGUUCUGAUUUUCGGGUUUCAUUUCUGCUGUGAUUUUUUUUAUUUUUUUUUUCAUCAGUCUUUUAUUUUCUGAAACAUGCUUGCAGAGUUGGCAGAUUGUGUGUAAUUUUCGUGAUUGGAUUUGUAUAAAUCAAUAUUAUUUAUAUUACUUAUUCCAAAUUAAAGAAA